GGUUAUACAUUUAGGUUAUGUUCAUGUCACAUGUGACAGUUAAAACGAUUUAAACAAAAAUUACUUCAUCAACAGUAAAAAGAAAUGUCUUCGGAACUUUACGAACGUGAAAAUACGGAAUUACCAUCCCAAAUCCGUCUUUUACCAUUUACAGCAGCAAGAUGCGACGAAAUAAUAGCAAUGAAAAAAACUCUCGGAUCAUCGAAAGCCACAAAAUUGAUAUUUCAAAAAUUACCGCUUCACAUGCGACGACGUGUUAUGUCUCAUAAUGUGAAACGAUUACCAAGACGACUUCGUGAGGGGCAUAUGAGUCAGUUAAAAAAAUCUGGGUUACCUCCGAAACAGAAACGGCCCUCCCGUAAAUACCGUAGGAGACCAAAAAGUUUAUUGAAUGAAUAUAAUAGGAGACAGAAAAAAUUUAAAUGGUUAGAAACACAUAUUUGGCAUGCAAAACGAUUUCAUAUGAUUGAAAGAUGGGGUUAUAAGUUAGCAUAUAGUCCAUGUGAUAAAGCUUUUAGAGCUUGUUAUAGAGCUACAAGUAAACAUUGUUUAUUACAGGAUAUUUCUUAUUAUGGAUGUAUAGAAAUAAAUGGUGAUGAAAUUUUGAUUGUUGACGGCUUUAAAAAGUUGUAUGAUCCAAGAAUUAAUAUGAGUUUAGGGGCUAAAGCUUUUAUUAAUGGAAAUAGAGAAGGUGAAUUGAUGUUGUUUGAUGAGAAUAAAAAUGCUAUUGGAAAUGUUAUGUUUAAUUGGAAGCCUAAAGUUAUUAAUGAAUUAAGAAUGAUUUGGAUUUGGUGUCACCCAGCAAAUUUUUCCAACAUAUUAAAUACUUUGAUGCGAAUUUUUGAUUUAACUCCAAAAAGUGAAGAAAACCUUUUAUUUUGUAAUGAAUCAACAAAAAUUACCAUAAAAAAUUUAAAAUUUGAUUUAAAUAGAUUUCGAUUAACUGGGCCUUUAUCACAUACAAUUUUACAAAAAGCUUUAAAAACUUGUUUACCAGAAUACAUAACUGAUUCGAAUUUAAAUUCACAAAUAAUUUAUUGGAAUAAUCUAGAAAAUUUAGCAUCUCCGAGUCAGUUAUCUCCACAUAUUAUUUUAAAUAUAACUGCUGAAGAUCCCAGAUAUAAUAUGCCUAAGAUUAGAACAAAAGCUUUGCCCAUUAAUGGUGCAUUUGAUAACAAAUAUUUGUAUGAAAUACCCCAAAAUAUGGGAGCUGGACCUAUUUGGAAUGAAGGUGUUCGAAAGGAGAUUAAAAAGAAUCAAAUUCCGACAUCAAAAAUUUAUGAAAUGAGAAGCAAAUAUUUGGUUCCUAACGAUGAAAAGAAUAAAGGCAUUUCUGUGCCUUAUAUGUUAAUACAACGGCCAGGAAAUAGAAAUGAAUAUUUAGGUUAUUCAAGUGGUUGGGAUUUAAUUAUUCCGAGCGGUUGGGCUUUGCCGACGUGGUUAACCUUAGUAAUGUGGGGUGCAAGAACUGGUGGUUUACGCGAAUCCGAGUCCAUCCAAUUCGAAAAGGGGCGCCCCAACGUUUUAGAGCCAGAUACAAAAGCAGGCCGAGAAGAAAACGAUAGAGUAACAGAACUAUAUCGAAAAAAAUAUUCAAGUUUACCACCAAAUAGACGAACAAAUUACAUUAAGUACGCCGUAUCAAGCCCAUUUCAAUUCAAUUGGGAUAUCCUUUUAAAUGAAUGGAAUGAAACUACUACAAAUGGAAACAAUUUUUUUGUAUUAAGAGAUAAAACGUUAUUAAAAAUGUUAAAUGAUUCAUUGAAUACCACUAAAAUUCCUGAUGUAGAUUUCGCUCAAUUAUGUCUUGUACCGGUUAAAAUAAUUUUAAAGAAAGGAUGCCCAUCAAGGUAUUCUUUAAUUUGUUUACCUCACAAUCAAGAUCUACAUAAAUCAAAUCAAGAAGUUAAAGAGCCCUUAAAACGGGACGAAAAUCAAAGAAAAAGAAUGAAAUUACGAAAAGAACGUAUCAUUAUGUUGAAAAAAAUGAAAAAACUUAGGAUAAAAGCGAGAAAAAACGGACAAGUUGUAAAACAAGAUGUCGAAGGAAUGUUAAAGCAUAAAGAAUUAAUGGAGAAAUUGUGGAUACCGGAUGUUGUAAAUAUUAGGAAAUCUUGUUCAAGAGAUAUAAUGGGAUUUGUUACGAAGGGUGGAUUUAGUUUUACUGUUGGUAAAACAGUUGGAAUUGGAUAUGUUGCCUUGAAUAGUUUAAAAUCAUUAUUUUCAGUGGAUAAUAAAUUUAAGAAUAAAGUUUUAAUUCGAAAUACUAGUAGUAGGGAAUAUAAAAUAGGACAACUUGAAAUUGUUAUAUAAAAAAAUUCUGGGUAUUUUGUACCCAUUUGAUGUAUAUGGACAAUUAGGGUUAAAUAUACAUGAAUAAAUUGUU